CAGCUCUCGAGUCUCACUGCCACAGGCAAUAGUUUGUUCAUACCUUUAGCCGUCUUGCGGCCGAACCUAUCAUUAUUCUCUUUGGAGAGGAUACGUUUUGUCGCCGGACCGCUUCAAGUAGAUGCAAAUCGUUGUUGGUGUUCACGCCGAUGCUACCGAGCUUCUUCUUCGCUCACCUCAUUUCUUCUUUGUUACCAGAGUCAGGGCUGCUCAUUUUCGCUGAAAGCCCGGGUGGGAGGGUUUCCUGAUUCAUUCAGGGGUUCUCCAUAUCUGCUUACCGUAUCUAAAAGCACUCUUCCUUGUUACAGGCAUGCCAGCUGCUGCGAGCGACGUCUGGAGGUCGCGUCGGGCCGCUUUCAUCCAGAACCCUGCCCUUGACCAUGGCUGCGCCUGCCAGGUUCGCUUCCUCCACGACAGCAGUAGAGGCGAAGCAUCCGUAUCACUGCAGUAUGCUGCGAAUCUUGCCGAAGUUACUGUUAACCCACGACACAUCGUUCUAUUCAUCCGCCCAUCACUCGUCGAGUCGUGUAGGAUAGUUGAAGAAGAGGCAUUGUCGCCGUACUUGUUGCAAUAUAUACCUUCUACCUCUGUCUCUGGCCCCACCGAUGUCUUGACUGUUGCUCUUACUCUUAGAUCUCAUGGUGCUUUGCACUACCCGAAGGAGCUUACAAGCGUCCGUGCCGACCCAACUGAGGUUGACCUGGCAUCAUUCGCCGAAAUAUGUCAAGCAACGACUAUAUACCUCCACUUCGCUAAGGCUCAAUUUGAUGAUCAAGAGAAGACACGGUUACAACAUCUGGUGAAUGGUCUCGACAAUGGAGGUCUGUCGGCGCCGCCACUGAACCUUGGCCGAGAGGAUCGCGGCAGAGGCUUGCAAGAAGGUACAUGGGAGGUAUUCAGCCCAAAAGCUUCUACUUCCAGCCACGCUCAAGCAUCAUCUGUGCUGGGCAAAAGAUCAAGACAAGCCUCUGUAUCUUCUCCUGCUGAACCUUCAAAACGACUUGAAGCACAUCACUAUACGACUCCGCCUCCCUAUUCCCCUACCGAUAUCGACACUCUAACGCCUACCACCAAGUCCAUCAGUCCAAACUAUAUACGUCCCACUGUCUUCACAUUACCCCCCUAUCGCAGGAAUCCGGUGUCCUCAAGCAGUGAUGCCCAGAUAUCUCUCCUUGCUAACAUGCUUGCGACUGUACCUCAGCACGUGCUUCGCGAAGCAAUCAUUCAGUCUGGUCACCAAGCUCUGCUCGGUAUGUCAGGUACCCUCAAGCCAAAAGCUGAGGUACCCUGUGUGAAGGUCGCCUCGCCCCGAGCCAGCCGUCUCUCUAGCCCUCGCCUUCGUUCCCUAGUCAAAGAUGUAUUCACGGCAGAAUUCGAGACUCGACUCAAGUAUCUCGUCGAGUCUGGCCUACCUCUCCAUACCAAGGACGCCAUCGAAAAAAUCAUGGACGAAUACCACAAUCAAUUCCACAUCGACUGCGAAGCCGCGGAAGCUGCGAUCCAAGAGAAGGUCGAAGAUGCCUCUUUGGAGGUGAAGAUGGCACUCGAUGAUGGCAUGAGAGAGAUUGAAGAGCUGAUCGAGGAGCAUAUCCAGAAGCUGGCAGACGGAUAUGAGACCAUCGAUGCGCUAAUCGAAAGAUACACAUAUGGAGAAUCUCCCGAUACACCUCAAGGAAUGCUGCAGACCAAUGGCAUCAUCGAUGGAAAAUUCGUCGACUGGUUGAAACCUGUCAAGGAUGAGAUCAAGGAUGAUCUACGGGAGAUUCUUGAAGGUGGCUAUGAAGACAUGAUUGCAGUCGAACGAGAUAUAUAUGAAAAGGCGAUGGAAGACAGCAAUGAUCCUGGAAAAGAGCUUUUGAGCGAGCUGGUCGAGAUGAUUGAUAAAGGUCUUCAGAGUAUGCCCAAGAUCCUGGUGACAAUCAACACGUUGCAAGGCAAGGAGAUCGCAUCCUCGAUUGAGCUGAAAUGGUCCUACGGACUGGAAGACGCGAUUACUCGGCUGAGUACAAAAGUCCUCGAGAAGGAAAUCGUUGGUACGGAGAUCAAAAAGUCUGGUCGCGACUUCCAUAUCUUGUAUCAAGUUGAUGAUGCAGCGGAAGACUCUGUAAUUCUAGCUUUGGUGGAGGAAAUGAGAGAAUGGCGUUGAAAAGAUGGCUUGGAUGCAUGGAUAAUCGGAACAGUCACCGCCUUCUCAAAUUAACCGGUGGCAAUCAAUAGGAGAUCCAAGGAAAUAUGUGUGAUGGCAUGAUGUUAAGCGGAAAGGCGGCACUUUUUUACAUUGACAUGAAUACAGCCACUUUCCAGAUACCUAUCUCUGACACAUGGGGG